AUGGCGAGCAGCGACAGCAACCACACCCCGGACAGCUUCCUGGGCUCGGAUGAGGACGAGGAGACGACCCGGGGACUGGAGACCGAGGAGGAGUCGGAGGGCGAGGAGAAUGAAUCGUUUUCAGAGUCGGAGGAGGAGCCGGACUCCAGGUUAUCAGAUGAGGAUGAGGAGGGAAAGACAAAAGAACAGUGUAUCAUCUCUGAUCCUUCCUUUUCCAUGGUAACGGUUCAACGGGAAGAUAGUGGAAUCACGUGGGAGACCAAUUCAAAUAAAUUUUCGACGCCAUGGGCCUCAGAAGAGAGUCAGACAUCUGGUGUGUGUAGUCGGGAAGGAUCAACUAUGAAUUCUCCUCCUGGGAACGUCUCUUUUAUUGUGGAUGAAGUUAAGAAGGGUCGGAAAAGAAAGCCCAAGUCAAAACAUGGCUCACCAUCAUUGCGGCGGAAAGGCAACAAAAAAAUUAAUUCUUUGGAAUCCCAAGAUGUCUUAGCAGAUGAGAAAGACACUCCCUUAAUUUCAGAAAGCCAGGAACUAAACACUCAGAAAGAGAACUUUACUACUGGCAUUUAUGAUAAAACAAGAAAAAAGAAGACCACCUCAAAUACGCCUCCUAUUACUGGAGCAAUUUACAAAGAACACAAACCAUUUGUGUUAAAGCCUGUCUACAUAGGAACAGUACAAUAUAAAAUUAAGAUGUUUAAUUCGGUUAAAGAGGAAUUAAUUCCUUUGCAAUUUUAUGGGACAUUGCCAAAGGGUUAUGUAAUUAAAGAAAUACAUUAUAGGAAGGGAAAAGAGGCAUCCAUUAGUUUAGAGCCAGAUUUAGACAAUCGUGAUUUUAAAAGUGCUUUCAAACCAAGCAAAUUAGGAGACCAAAGCAUAGGAGAUGAUAAAAUAAAAGAACCUGCUUCACCCUGGAGAGGUGCUCUCUCCUCUAAAGCGUCAAAGUCUCUGACUUUCUUCAAUCAUGAAGAUCAAAAGAAAACUUAUGUCGAUUCUCCCCAAAAGGCUGCAUUUGCAACGGAACAUACAGUUUCCUCUUCAAUGAUGAAUGGCACAGCUGAGCAAGAAACAGAGCUCCUCACUGCACAGUCGGUGCCACCACAUCAGGAGAGUGGAGUCGAGCCCAGCGAAAUGGAGCAUACCUCACUCCUCCUUGAUACAGCAGCACCAGUGCUCCUGGAAACAGGAAAAGAAGAACUUGUGUCUGAUUCAACAGAAUUGCUAACUGCUGAGCAUGACUCCUCAGUUUCACCACCUUUAGUGGAAGAGGUCGACAGGGAAGUCCAUGAUUCUUCCAACCUUUCUGUUUCCCUGGAAGGGGAGGAGAUUCCGGAAACAGCUUCACCAGGUCAGGCAGCAUCUAUCCAGGAAGAUUUGAGCCCAAAGAAAGAAGAGCAAGAUGAGACUUCGCUGAAAAGGGAAGAAACAGAAUCGGAACAACUGACUAUUCCUCAACUUGAUGUCAAAGGAGAGAAGGAAGAAAAGGCACUAGAGCCUGCUGUUUCUAGUUCUGAACCUCCAGUAUUAGAAGGGCCAGAGAAAGAAGAAAUACAAACUUCUUUACCAACAGGAGCUAUCCCCGAACCUACAGAUUCUAAUUUAGUGGAAGAAGAGAUCAUAGAACUUGACUAUCCAGAAAGUCCAUUUGUUUCUGAGCAGCCCUUCCCACAAGUUAUGACUCCCGAAGUGGUGAAAAAAGAAGAGGAGCCCAGUCUACCCAUAUCAGCUACACUGAUGCCUGAACAUGGUAUUUUAUCUGAGGAAGAAAGAGAGGAAAUUGAAUCUAUUUCUACAGAUUCUGCUUUUGCAUCAGAGUAUUCAGGGCUACAGGAUUUGAACCAUGAACUAGAGAAGCCAGAAGUUGGGCCAGUGUCUUCUGCUAAUGUAAAAACUGAAUCUGAACGUGAAAUUUUGUCAGAUGAGAAUGAGAAUAAGGAAUUUGAGCCUUAUUCCUCAGCUUCUGUGUCUGAACACUCUCUGUCACCAAUCACAACCGAAAAGCCUUCUGAAUGCCAAUCACCACAGUUCUUGGUAGGAACCUCAGAACACACAGUCCUGACUGAAGAUAAUGUUUCAGAAAGUGGGCACGAUAUGCCAGACUUCAUAUCUGCACCUGAACAUGUAAUUCCUUCACUCACAUCACAAGAACCAGUCAAGCAGAUGGUUGAUGAGCAGUCCCCACUAAAAUCAAAAGGUAUUUCUGAGCACACCACUCUGUCAGAAGAAAAGGAAGACACUGGAUUGUUUCCCCCAGAAGACGAUGUGGCCUUGGCAUCUAAACUCUCUCUCUCAUCACCCACAACUGAGGAAACUUUGGAAUGCUCACCUUCCCUGUUUUCCACAGCUACAGCAGAACACACAAUUCCCUCUGAAGAGGCCUCAAAAAGUGACCAUUACAUGCCAGAUUCAAUACUGACUUCCCAACAUACAAUUCCAUCAACUGUAACACCAGAACCGCCACAGAAAACAAUUGAUGAUGUAUUUUCAUUAAAAUCAAAGGGUGUUGCUGAGCACACCAUUCCAUCAGGAGAAGAAAAGGAAGGCUUGGAACCACUUUCCCCAGAGGUGGACUCUGUAUCUGAACCAGUUCUUCCACCACACAGAGUUGAGAUAAAUUCUGAACGCAAGGCUCCACAACUUCCUGUUAGCCCAUCUGAAAAUGUGAGGUUAUCAGAAGAGACAGUAGAAACGGAGCCAUAUACACUCUCUUCCACCUCUGCUUCUGAAUUUUCAGUCCUACCACCAGAACCACAAGAGGAGGAAAUUGAUCACAGUUCUCCUGUAAGUCUAAAAGGCAUCACCUCCCCAACAAAUUUCUUAGAAGAACAAGACCUUGGACCCUUUUCUCCAGACUCUGCAUUUGCAUCAGAAUUUUCAUUCUCCCCCUAUGCAACACAGGAAACAGAGAAAAGAGAGUUUGAGAAUGAUUCUCCAAUAUGCUUAACAUCACCAUCUGAACACACUAUUUUGUCAGAUGAAGACACUGAAGAAGCAGAGAUUUUUUCUCCAGACUCAUCAUCACAAGUUUCAGUUCCACCAUAUAGACCCACAGAAACAGAGAAAGGUAAAAUUGAGCCUGAUUCUUUGUUGUCUGCCAUGUCUACUUUAGGACAUUCCUACUUCUCAGAAACAAAGGAACAUAUUAUACCAACAGUUGCUACAUCUAUGCCUGAUCAUCUCAGUGUUUCACAGAAGGAAAAAGCUGAAACUUCCCCUAUAAUGUCUGCUGCAUCUGAAGAUGUUAGUCAGCUACAUAAAUCAGAGAAAGCAGAAAUUGAGUCAAAUGUGCAAGCACCCUCAACCUCUGUGUCUGAAUAUCUAUUCUCAGCACAGAAGCAGGAAACUCAAUCAUCAUUAGAACUCAAAACUGAAGAAUUGAUUCCACCAUAUUUAAUUGGUGACUCAGAGAAGGAAGAAGUUAAGACUAGUUCAUCAGUAGCUGCAACACCUGUUUCUUUACCUGUGCAAUCAUCUGUGAUAAAGGAAGAAACCAAACAUACAUCUCAGCAUUCAGUUUCACCCAAUUCAAUCCAGGAAACUAAGAAGGAACAAGAACACAAAGAACGUGUUUCAAAAGCUGCAAAUGAACAGAUGGGUUCAUUCAAAGUUAAAAGUAAGGAAGCAAUUGUGCCUGAUUCUCAAGAAACCAUUGCACAUGAAUCACAGGAUCAAGAAAUAGAGCCUCAGUAUCCAAAUGUUCCAGGGCCUGGGAUGAAAUAUUCAGUUCUUUCUGACUUAGUAGAUGAGCCAAAGGAGGACGUAAAACCCUAUUUAGCUCCAACUGUGACAUCUGAACUAGAACAGAGAAUGUUAUUAGAGAAUGAGCCAAAAAUAAUACAGACAUAUUCUCCUCUAAAGAAAACAUCUUCAUCUGGGCCUGAGGCUUUAUCAGCAGAGAAAACAGAAGUGAAAACUGAUUCUGAAAUAACAGGUACACCUGGAGUGCUACAUUCAACUUCACUGGGAGUGGAAAAGGAAAUCAAACAUGAACCACCUGCACCCGAAUUGUCAGCUUUGUCAGAAGAAAUAAAGACAAAAGUUGAACCUAGUUCUUCAAUAACCAGAACAUCAGUCACUAAGCAGGACCUCAGCUCAAAAUUAGCAAAAGAAGGCAUCUCAGCAGAUUCCUCUCUUCUCAGUCCCAGAGAACAACCAGUCCUAACAAAAGUAGAAAAGAACAAAUUCGAAAGUGGUUUUUCCCCAGAGGUAACACCUAUAGAUGAACAUUCAGUUCUGAAAGAAGAGAAGAUGGCAAUUAAAGGUAGUUCUCCUACUGAGACUACUACUUCCAAGGGUUUGGCAUGUUUAGAUGUAGAGAAGGAAAUUAAAUAUGAUUCACCUCCAAGCGUAUCCUCUAAAUCAGAACCUUCUAUCAUUUCAGAGGUAGAAACUGAAGAAGUAAAACCUGGAUUGUCAAUAACUAAAAUAUCGUCUACUCCGAAUUCAGAUAUAGCUAAGGAAGCUAGGGUGGAAAAAGGACCAAGUGUUUCCUUUUCUAACAUUUGCAACUCUGAACAUUUGGUUGUAUCCCAGAAAGAGAAGUAUGUUUCUGCUUCAGAGGCAUCAGGACCUGAACAUGAACUUUCACUCCACCUAGAAAGUGAGACAAAGAAAAAAGAAACAGAAAUUUCUUCCUCAGAAAAUGUGUUACUUGCACCCAAACAUACAGUUUCCAAAGUCAAAACUGAGGACACAGUAAGAUCGUCUGAGUUGAAAAAUCUAGUGUCAGAAGAGUUAGCUCCAACAUUCCCGACCUUGAGAGAUCAUCAGAACAAACAGGAAGUGGAGACAAAAGUUAUUACAGAAACACAGAUGAAAGAAGCCCCCCUUUCCUCACUGGAUAGAAAUUGGGUAUUAGAAGGGCCAGAAGGAGACGUGGCAACUCAUGAAGAGAGGCAGCGACAAUGGGGAUCUAUGCAGCUGGAUACCACUGACAGUAGUAAUGCUCAGAUGACAGGACAGCUCAAGCCUCUUCAGUCUCAUGAAGAUGAGGCAGAUAAAAUCAGAGAGCAGGUUCUACCACAUUCUGCUGAAGAAUCUUAUUUCUCACUACAAAAACCAGCAUCUAAUUUCAGUACUUCUAGUGGUAAUGUGGAGUCCCCACCAAAUGAAACAUACUCUUCUGAAGAAAUUCAACAGCUGGCUUCCAAACAAAAAUCUUUGUUAACUACUGAAAUAGCAGAGAGAAAUGAAGUAGAGGGAAAACAGGGUCAUUCUCUGGGGGGUAGUGAAAAUUUAUUAUCAGAGAAAGAAAUAUCCAAAUAUUCCAGGUCUUACAAGGAAGAGAGUCAAAAAGAAAUGAAACAUGAAAAUAUCCAACAGAAAUCAGUAUCUGGCCCACCAAUGGAAAAAGUAAAAUCAGAAAGGAUUCCCUCUCCUGCUAGAGAGGCCCAUUUUACCAUAGAAGGUGUAGAACCUACUUUGGACAAUGAAAAAGAAGUAUGUAGUCAGAUAUCCAUACCCCAAAAGAAGCCAUUAGAAGACUCAAAAGGAAUUUUAUCCAAGGUUAUAGAUGAUAGUAAUGAGAGAGAAAAACCAGCAUCAGAAGUGAAAAUACCCACUCCAGUAAAACCCCUCUCCUCAAGCCAAGACAAUGAAUCCCCCAAGUUACCUGAGGUGAAGCAAAAGCUGCCAGAGCAAACAAAGGAAACUGAACCAGGCAUCUCUGAGGAAAAGGGAAAGAAAGGAAUUUCAUCUUUCACAUCAUGGAUGUCCAACUUGUUUUUUGGCUCAAACAUUCCAGAUAACAAAGUUGCUGAGAAAGAUGUAGACACUCAGCUGAGUCCAUCUGUAGAAAGAGAGGGAGCUGUGGUAGAUUCUAAAAGUCCAGCUCCAGAUCAUUUCAAUGCAACAAAGAAACCAGCUGAUACCCUAAUACAAGAGGCAAAACUUAAUGUUGCUGAGGAACCCAGAGAUAUUUCAGUUAAAUCUACUAAAGCUCAAAAUUUGAAAGAAAACUCCACAUUUUUGGCAAAUGUAGCAGUUCCACCACAGUCAAAAUCCAACUUGGAGGUAUCUGAUAAAGAUAAAUGGCAGAAAGAAACCUUAGACUCUGCAGAAGAAAGAGACCUAAACUUGGCAGUUUAUACUGCUGGUAGCAAGAAACAACAUCAAACUCAAUCAUAUCCCCUGACUAUUGAAAAAUCCUUUAAGGAAGAAGCCAAAAAUGAGGUUUCUCUUCAUAUCACUGAUAGUAAAGAAGCCCAGGAACCAGAAAUUUCUACAUCAUCUCAAGGCAAUAUUUCUAUUCUUAAAGAAGAGCCAAGAAUUGAUCAAAAAGAAAAAUCACUCUUUUCCUUUGAUGUAGUAGAUAAGGUGCAAGAGCCAAAAUCAGCUUCAUCUAACUUCACAAGUAAAAAUAUCAUGAAGGAAUCUGUGAAGUCAGAGUCAAUAAUGUUUCCAGUAGAAGAAUCUAAAGGCAGCUUAACUGUCCUUGGUGAAGACAGACUAAAGAAAGAAAUACCAACACUGACUUCUUCGAAUGUUUCUGGCGAAGAAUUAAAAUUCAGGACUGUUAGCCUAACAGAGGAGAAAGAUUACUUGGAAACCAGACCAUUUUCUUCAGAAAAGAAGAUGUUGGCAGAAAAACAAGAAACUGUGUGCCCAUUUGACCUUAGACAUAAUAAUGAAAUAGAUAAGUCACAAAUUAUACAUGAAACUGGCCAAAUUAAAUUGGAAGAAUCAAAAGUUGCUACUGUGCUGCCACAAGUCAGUCAAAUUGAGGACCACAAGGAGAAUUACAAAAGUUUUGAGGAUAAAAGAGAAGAAAAACAAAAGCCAUCCAUUACAUUUUCAGAAGAAAAAGGGCAACAGGAAACUCAGUCUUAUUCUGUGACUGGAGCCAAAUUUAAGUCUGAAGAAUCAGCCAUAUCUUUAGAUCAUUCUUUGGGUGAAACACAAUUAUCUUCAUUAGUUAAGUCUGCAUCUGUUACUGAAAAACCAGAAACCAGAGUCUUAGAAACAUACCCCCAAAUUAGGGAAAUAAAGGCAGUAGAAACUCAACCACAUCUAUUAAAAGAAACUGAAGCUUUGGUGGAGAAAACCAAGACCUCCCGUCCAGUGAAUCUAUCUUAUCAUGAAGAAAUAGGUGAAAGAUCUUUACCUAAUGAAGGCAAUCUGGUAUUGGUAAAGCCAAGUAAAGAUGUGGUAAGUCAUAGUGUAGAAAAGGGAGAGGUCACCGUGUCAGACUUUACAAAAGGUGAUUUGGGAGACAUCACAAAAAAAAGCAUAAAACAAGUGUUUGUAGCUAAAGAAUCUGAAAGAAUUUUCGACUCUGAUUUUAAUGAAACAAAGAGUAUCAAAGCACCCUCUCAUUUGGAUUAUGAAGACCAAAAGAGUGCCGUCAGUAUCGUAUCUGAAGGCUUUGAGAUAUUGAACAUUCAUGAUCCUGCAUUUAUUUCUUCAGUUGAUCAGGAAGGAAGCAAACAAAUGCAAGAUAAGUUAGAUUAUCCGGAAGAGAAAUCCUCAUUAAAGACAAUUUCACUUCAUGAUGUUGAUGAGACUGUUGCUUGCCACAAAACAUCAGAGAGCAGAUUAGAAGAUUCUGCUAGAAAAGUUACAUUGUUGAAAGAAAAUAAACCCAAGGAAUCUCCUAACAGACAAGUGGAGAUGACGACAGUUUCAGAAACUGGUGACUUGGCCAUUAGACAGUCAACUCCCAGUGAAGAGGAUUAUUUUGAAAAAUAUACAUUGAUUGAUUAUAAUGUCAUCCCAGUAAAAGAAGAGCAGAAAGAUCCAUGGAAAUUAAAUGUUGAAGCAAAACUUUCAAAGGAGGUUUUAAAAGAAGGCAUCACUUCUCCAGAAAAUUUAGAAGAUAGUAGUCCAGAGCAUGAAUACGACUUUGUCAAACUAGAUGCAAGUUUUCAUGGAGUGGAAAAAGACUAUGGCAAAAUAUCUUCUUCAGAGACCCCAAAAUCUUUGGAUAUCCAAAAAUCAGAUAACAGUGAUAUUUCAAAGGGCAUAAAUAGAGAUGUGGAUUCCAAGUCGCCUGGAAUGCCUUUGUUUACUGAAGAGGAAGGAAUUUUGUCUCCAACUCAGGUAUUUUCUACCACUCCUAAACCUGUAAAUCCUGAAUUCUUGGAUGAGCCACCUGCCCUUGCAUUUAUAUACAAGGACCGGUAUGAAGAAGCAGUUGGAGAGAAAAAGAAAGAAGAAGAGGCAGCUUCUGAUGGUGACCGUGUAAAUUUGGAGCCAUCAUUUCCUACCAAAAAUUAUGACACUGAUGAUGGAACAGGAAUAUAUUUUGAGAAGUACAUACUCAAAGAUGACAUGCUGCAUGACACAUCAGUAAUUCAAAAGGACCUAAGCCAACGUCUUGAAGAAAAAACAGUUGGUAAGGAUGAUUCAUACCAACUUAUACCUGAAGAAGGGAAGAUUUGGGGGGAAAAGAAUUUGGAAGAGGACCAAAAAGCAGUUUACAAGGAAAUGGAACCAGUAGGCCAUGUGGAAAUCCUGGACAAAGAAACAGCACAGAGGAAGACUCCCAUCACUGAGGAGGUCAUGGUGGUUAGCCAGAAGAUAAGCUAUGCAGUUCCAUUUGAAGAUACACAUCAUGUCCUGGAGAGAGUAGAUGAAAGUAGUCAGGGUAAUGAAGCAGGAAAUGCUAGUGCAGAGGUUAAUCUGAAUGUUCCAGAAGAAGUGUCCUUUGUAGAGGAAGACUUCGCAGUGGGUGCGACUUGUACUCAAGAAACAUUGCAAGAAGAACCAAAAACAAUGAUUCCAGCUGAGCCAAAUGAAGAUAGGCGACGCAAUAGCCCUGUUCAAGAUGAGUAUGAAUUUGCUGAAUCCCUGAGUUAUGAAGUGGUGACACAAGACAUUUUGUCAGAAGAACAGCGUUCAGAACCCAUACCUGAAGAUGUAUCUAAAAGACAGGAAUCUUUUGAAUUUAUCAAUGAAAAUGAAUUUGUGGAUCAGAUGGAACAAAGUAUGUCUACUGAACCAGAGGAGUUGGGCAGAGAGAAGACAGAACAAGAUCAGUUCUCAUCAGAGUUAGUAAUGGAGAAGGAUCAAAAAGAAUCGAAAAAAUCCCAGGUUGACACAUAUUGCUAUACCUGCAAAGGUAUGAUUUCUGCUGCUGACAAGCUUCUCGGCACUCAUAAAGACCACAAGGUUUCAACGCUUGACACAGCUAUAAGUGCUGUAAAGGUUCAGUUAGCAGAAUUUUUAGAAAAUUUACAAGAAAAGUCCUUGAGGAUUGAAUCCUUUGUUACUGAGAUUGAAUCUCUUUUUAAUACAGUUGAGGAAAACUGUAGUAAAAAUGAGAAAAGGCUAGAAGAACAGAAUGAAGAAAUGAUGAAGAGGGUUUUGGCACAGUAUGAUGAGAAAGCCCAGUGCUUUGAGGAAGUGAAGAAAAAGAAGAUGGAAUUCUUGCAUGACCAAAUGGUCCAUUUUCUGCAGAGCAUGGACACUGCCAAAGAUACUCUGGAGAGCAUCGUCAGAGAAGCAGAGGAGCUCGAUGAGACAGUUUUCCUUACGUCUUUUGAGGAAAUCAAUGAAAGGUUGCUUUCUGCCAUGGAGCGCACUGCUUCCUUAGAGGACAUGCCUGCUGCGUUUUCACUUUUUGAACAUUAUGAUGACAGCUCUGGGAAGAGUGACCAGGCGUUAAAACAAGUGGCAGUCCCACAGCCUCCAAGAUUAGAGCCACAGGAACCCAAUUCUGCUACUAGCACAACGAUUGCUGUUUACUGGAGCAUGAACAAGGAAGAUGUCAUUGACUCUUUCCAAGUUUACUGCAUGGAGGAGCCACAAGAUGACCAAGAAGUAAAUGAUUUGGUAGAAGAGUACAGAGUGACAGUGAAAGAAAGCUACUGUGUUUUUGAAGAUUUGGAGCCUGACCGCUGCUAUCAAGUAUGGGUGAUGGCUGUGAACUUCACUGGAUGUAGCCUGCCCAGUGAAAGGGCAAUUUUCAGAACGGCACCUUCCACCCCAGGGAUCCGGGCUGAGGACUGUACUGUGUGUUGGAACACAGCUACAGUUCGUUGGCGGCCUGCUAACCCAGAAGCCACGGAAAGCUACACGCUGGAGUAUUGCAGACAGAAUUCUCCAGAGGGAGAGGGCCUCAGAUCAUUUUCUGGAAUUAGAGGACUACAGCUGAAAGUUAAUCUCCAACCCAAUGAUAAUUACUUUUUCUACGUGAGAGCCAUAAAUACAUUUGGGACAAGUGAACAGAGUGAAGCUGUUCUUGUUUCCACCAAAGGCACUCGAUUUCUCUUAUUGAGAGAAACAGCUCAUCCUGCUCUGCAGAUUUCUUCAAAUGGGACUGUGAUCAGCUUUGCUGAAAGGAGACGGUUGACAGAAGCCCCAUCUGUGCUGGGUGAGGAGCUGCCUGCUUGUGGCCAGCAUUACUGGGAAAUCACUGUCACAGAGUGUCCAGCAUAUCGAUUUGGCAUCUGCUCCAGCUCAGCUGUUCAGGCCGGAGCCCUAGGUCAAGGGGAGACUUCGUGGUACAUGCACUGUUCUGAGCCACAAAGAUACACAUUUUUCUACAGUGGCAUCAUGAGCAAUGUUCAUGUGACUGAGCACCCCACCAGAGUGGGGAUUCUGCUGGACUACAUUAAUCAGAGGCUGGUUUUCAUAAAUGCUGAAAGUGGACAGAUGCUCUUUAUCAUUAGACACAGGUUUAAUGAGGGGGUACACCCUGCUUUUGCCCUCGAGAAGCCUGGAAAAUGUACUUUGCACCUUGGGAUAGAGCCUCCGGAUUCUGCAAGGCACAAGUGAACAUCAACCUUCAAGUUUGCCAAAGCAAUAGUUCAAAUGUUCAAGGGUCUGUGGUUCUUUCCUUGGAAUAAUGUACCAAGCUCAUCUCCCACACAUUUGCAUUAGUGAUAGCUACAUUCACAGUGGUCAGCACAUGAGCAAAACCACUAAGAAGAUGGACUUCCUAAAGCAGUGUGUGAGUAAAGAAGAUGGAGAAAAUACCCACUGUCUUUAGUUUUGCUCUUCCUGAAAUUAAGAGAAUGUAUGACUGGCUUGGGAAUCAAAAUAGAGAAAUGGUCUUCCAUCUGUGUUAUUGGUAAAAGAAAUCCUCAAUGGACAGGGCUAGAGUGAAGGGAAGAUUAUGUGGACAAUCAUCUCCUCUGACAAGAAACCGACUUUUUCCACAAGAAAAAUGUCACCUGACUUCACUAAAGGAUGAUGAAUCUUAAUCACUAGAGAAAGCAUGUAAACUAUUCUAAAUUGAUAAUGAACUCUUUUGUAAUAAUACAUACUGUAAUACUGGAGUCUCUUUUCCCUAUAAUUUUAAAUGUAGAAAGACGCUAGAUACUAGAAAUUUCCAUUUUGUUAAAUAAAUGGUUAGAGUCUUUAAAACAAAA